AUGGUGUCGCGGCUGUGGGCGCACGAGGGCCAUCUGCGUGAGCAGCUGGGCGCGGUGCGUUUCGAGUUCGAUUUGCAGGCCCGCGAGGGCGGCAUCGAUUGGUCGGUGCGCCGGGUGUGGGCGUUCGGGCUGCUGCCGCUGCCCAGGCGCUGGUUUGGCGGCGUGCGCUGCCGCGAAGCGGGGCAGGGGCAGGGGCAGCGUUACACUUUCCGGGCUGGCUCGAACCGCAGUGAAGCCGCCGCCGCCGACGGUGCGGUGAUCGUGUUCGACGGUGUCUGCGCACUGUGCAACCGCUGGGUGCGCUUCCUGCUGCGCUUCGACCGCAAGGGCCGCUAUCGCUUCGCGGCGAUGCAGGGCGCCCAGGGCAGUGCGCUGCUGCGCGCGCAUGGACUGGAUCCGCAGGACCCACGGUCAUUCCUGCUGCUGGAUGCGCAGGGCGCAUGGACAGACACCGAUGCGAUCCUGCGCGUGCUGGCCGGGUUGGGCGGCGCCUGGCGCCUGAGCGGUGUGCUGCGUGCGCUACCGCGAAGCUUGCGUGAUGCGGCGUAUGGGGUGCUGGCGCGCAAUCGUUACCGCUGGUUCGGGCGGCAUGACGCCUGCCUUUUGCCGCCGCCAGAACAGGCCGCGCGCUUCCUGGAUUGA